AACCAAACCCCAGAGAAGAAAUUUUCACUCUGGGAUUGACACCGAGAACUGAAAGGAUGUUUAUGAAGAGCAGAGUUGACCAAAAUGGCCAUAAUCAGGGUACAGUUGGUGCUCCAGCCCUGGGGUCACAUUUUCACAUGGGAAUUUCUGACAGUCUUCACUUUGAGAUUGGUUCCCAGUUUUCUGGGUAGGAAAUCUGUGCCUGGGCUGCAAAAUUCUGGUGCUCUGGGUAGCUGAGCUGUAGUGAAUCCCUUUUGUGCCUCCCCCGCACUCACUCUUCAUGGAAUCAUGGAACAUCCUUGGUUGGAAGAGACCCUCAAGGAUCAUUGAAUCCAGCUCCUGGCCCUGCACAGAACACCCCCAGGAAUCCCUCCAUGCUCCUGGAUUUUCCUGGUUGUUAAAUCACAGCCCACAGCCUGAUUUUCAACACAACCCCACCUCAGCUCCAGCUCCACAGACCCCCCCAUUGCUUCCUGCCCUCUCCAUGCUCCCAGGGUCCAGCUGCAAGAGCAGCUCUGGGGAUUGAUCCCAGGUAAGGAAGCCCAGGAGAAGGGGAGCAGUCCUUCCAGCACUGCUGGAGGCUGAUCUACGACCUCCCCAGGGCGGCGAGCGCUGCAUUCCCCGACUCUAAUAGAAGGGGCAGGAUCUGAUGUUCCCUCAGCUGGAACACAGCAGGAAAAAAGCAUCAGAUUUCUCGGGACCGUGAUCCCAUCCCUUUCAGCAGCUGAUCCUGUGCCCCCCCCCACCUCCGGGUAUAUAAAUGUCAUCCCAGGUCACCCUCAGGGACACAGCAGGAGGUGGCACUGAGGACGCUGCGGGCAGGAUCGUUCCGGGGAGCAUCCAUGAUGUGGGAACUGCGCUCCAUCGCCUUCACCAGGGCCGUCCUUGCGGAAUUCCUGGCCACUCUGGUCUUCGUCCUCUUCGGCCUGGGCUCGGCCCUGAACUGGCCCUCGGCGCCAGCCCCCAGCACGCUGCAGAUCGCGCUGGCCUUCGGCCUGGCCAUCGGGACGCUGGUGCAGGCGCUGGGCCACGUCAGCGGCGCCCACAUCAACCCCGCCGUGACCCUGGGCUGCCUGCUGGGCUCGCAGCUCUCGCUGCUCCGCGCCCUCUUCUACGUGGUGGCACAGCUGCUGGGCGGCGUGGUGGGCGCUGCCAUCCUGCACGAGGUCACCCCGGCCAGCGCCCGCCAGGGCCUGGCCCUCAACAAGCUGAACAAUGAGACCACGACGGGGCAGGCAGUGACAGUGGAGCUGUUCCUCACCUUCCAGCUGGUCCUGUGCGUCUUUGCUUCCACAGACGAGCGGCGUGAGGACAACCUGGGCUCCCCUGCCCUCUCCAUUGGCCUCUCUGUGGCCGUGGGGCACCUCCUCGGGAUCCGUUACACCGGCUGCUCCAUGAAUCCCGCCAGGUCCUUCGCCCCCGCUGUCGUCGUGGGAGACUUCAGCGACCACUGGGUGUUCUGGGUGGGCCCCCUGAUCGGGGCCGCAGCAGCUUCCAUCCUCUACAACUACGUGCUGUUCCCUCAGGCCAAAACCCUCUCGGAGCGCUUGGCCAUCCUCAAGGGCUGCGAGCCCGAGCAGGACUGGGCCGAGCGCGAGGCGCGGCGGCGCCAGUCCGUGGAGCUGCACUCCCCCCAGACCCUGCCCAGGGGGAUGUCUGAGAAGGUGUAGCCAAACCUCUCCCUGGGCCGAGAGAGGAGCUGGAAAACCUCUGGCACGGUUUUAGUGCUCGUCCAGAGGAGCAUCUCACCUCUCCCCUCUCUCCCUUCGUUUCUCCUGGGGCGCUGAAGUUGACUCCUCUCCCGGGGAGAUGUGCGCUGGUCCCACCCACCUCCUGUCCCCAGCUCCCCCCACGCCCGGGGGGUUCUGAUCUGGGGGAGAGCCAGUAAAUCCCAACCCCGCAGGAACGAGGGAUCUCCCCAGGAUGCCCUCUUCCACGUCCCCCUCGCAGGACACGGAGCUUGGCCCAGGCUGUUCCCUCCCGGAGAGCUCCGAGGAGCCUGAAGAGUGUUCAUUACCCUGGGUGUGGAGGUUGCCACCCGAUGCCUCAUUGCUGCUGCGCUCUGCUCCCGUCUCGGGUCCCUGCUGGGCUCUUGGCUCACACACAGGAGCAGGAGCAGGAGCAGGAGCAGAAGCAGGAGCAGGAGCAGAGCAGGAGCAGGAGCAGGAGUGGGAGCAGGAGCAGGAGUGGGAGCAGGAGUGGGAGCAGGAGCAGGUGCGCUCACUCUGAGCCAUGAGUGCCACACAUGACAGGUUCUGCUGUGAAAGGGACCAAAGUGCCAUUUCCCACCCACCACGAGACAUGGAGGUGCUCCCACAGGGGCUUUCCUGGGAAGUUGGGACUGGGAGCGUGGCCAUGAGUCCCUGCAGGCCCCACUGGGGAGCAUUUGCAAAUUCUCCCUCCUGUGAAACAACAAACCCGGGUUACAGCCCAAACUCAUACCCACCUUAUUGUUGGGCCAGGGUUGUCCUUCCUCUCUCUCCCUGAUUUUCCCUUCUUUCGUCUGGUCCUGUUCCCCUUGGACGCUCAGAUCACCUGGAACAAUUUCACAGCCAGCGUGUUCCAGGUGUGAAGAACCAGAAUCAUGGAAUGGGUUGGAUGGGAAGGGACCUCAAACCCCACCCAGUCCCACCCCUGCUGUGGGCAGGGACACCUCCCACUAUCCCAGGCUGCUCCAAGCCCCGUCUAACCUGACUGUGGACACUUCCAGGGAUCGAGGGGCAACCACAGCUGCUCUGGGAAAUCCAUUCCAGGGCCUCCCCACCCUCACAGGGAGGAAUUCCUUCUCAUCUCCAUCACUUGCUUCUCACAGCCCUUUUUCAUGGCUGCAUCACUCCAUACCCUCCAAACCCCUCCCACACCUUCCCUCUGCCCUCUCAGGACCUGGUCAUCGUCCUCAGCCUGGCCAAGGAAUUUGGGUUGGUCUUUGGGUGAACUUUGCUCUUUCAGCCAUUGAUUUAACCCCAUUUCACUUGCUCUGCCCUAAGUUCUCCAUUCCCAGAGUGGAUCCCAGCAGUGUGUCCAGCAUUGCCCCACCAGUGUCAGCCCCACCAGGAUUUCUCUGGAAAAGGUGUUAUGGGAAUAUUCAGUGAGACUGGGCCCAAUUCCAAAUCAUAGGGGUGAUUUAUGGAUCAUUCUGGAUCAUUUCCCUCCCCCUGUUCUGACAGGGAACCCCUCACCAGAGGAUGCUCUUCACUCUGCUCCACUGGCACCAUCCCCUCCUCCCAUCAGAUCCAUCCUUGCCUUCCUCCCCGUGCUCUUCCUCAGAUGUUGGAGUGGCUGUUGCUGGAGGGGUGAGGAAGGAGCCCAGCUUUGAUCUGUCCCAGACCUGGUGUUUAUCCACAGCCAAUCCAUGCAAAUACCCGCAGAGGGCUUUGCCAAGGCAGCACUUCCAGCCCUGGUUUGAUCCACCCAAAACCAGGGAUUCUGCUUCCCUUUGCUCCUUGAUGGUGAAUUUGAAUUUUAGCUCAGAAGAGGCUUCUCAAAAAUUCCCUCUGUUCUCAGCAAUGGCAAUAAAUCAAUCCCAAUGUCGAAUUGUA